UUUAUUUUAGUUUUUUUUAUCAACAGUGGUUUCUUACCUUCACUGGAACUUAUUUAGUCCUCCUUCCUCAUUCUGAGGGCAAUUUAUACUUUAGAGUUCUUGGAUAAUUCUUCAGAUUGAUUCUCUGAAGGAGAGCAGACAUAUUCCCAGAGAGGAUGGCCGACAAUCAAGAACAUGCUCCCCUGUCCAGAGGAAGUGUUUCUGGCAGCCACGAAGUCCUGGUUAACAAUGCAGGGCCCAGAGGUGGAUCCAACAGCCGUGCCUUUACGAUCGCUGGCCUGACCACGCUGGCAUGCCUGCUGCUGGCCAGCCAGGUCUUCACCGCAUAUAUGGUGCUUGACCAUAAGCAGCAGAUCCACAGCCUGCAGAAGAACUCUGAGAGGAUGAGCAAACAGAUGACUCGCGUAUCUCAAGGUGUUGCCCCAGCCAGGAUGGCCAUGCCCAUGAACAGCCUGCCUCUGCAGUUGGACUUCACCGAAGACGACACAUCUUCCAAGACACCCUUGACUAAGGUGGAGGACAUUGCCAUAGUCAGUGUGGAGAAGCAAGUCAUGGAUAUGAUGAAGGACAUCAGCCUGCCACAGUUCAACGAGACCUUCCUGGCCAACCUGAGGAGCCUGAAGCAGCAGUUCAAUGACAGCGAGUGGAAGAGCUUCGAAUCCUGGAUGCGUUACUGGCUGAUCUUCCAGAUGGCCCAGCAGGAGCCUGCAGGCCCCACCCCUCAGCCAGCCUCUACGAUCAAGAGCAAAUGCCAGAUGGAGGCCACACCUGGAGUGGGAAAGAUUGGCGCAUACAAGCCCCAGUGUGACGAGCAGGGCCACUACAAGCCCAUGCAGUGCUGGCACGCUACCGGCUUCUGCUGGUGUGUGGAUCAGUCCGGCAACCCCAUCCAGGGCACCACCAUGCGCGGCCGCCCAGACUGUCAAAGAGGUGCCGGAUUUCGUCGCAUGAUGGUCGCACCAAGGAUGAUGCAGAAGACCUUCCUUGAAGACGAGGGAAAAGCAAAUUAAGAGAAAGCCGGAAGCAAAGCAUUUCUUUUUGCUAUUACUAUCUUUGCAGACUCGUGAAACUGGUUUUUUUAAAUUGGACGCUACUUUCCGAAUCAGAGCAGUUUAACUUCAAAACGAGCUUUAUUUUCACGUAAUCACUUCAUGCUAUACAUUUUACUAUCUGCUUGGAAUAAAAUCAGAAGAGGCCUGUUACAUUAAUGCUUUUAAUAUCUUUUUUUUGGGUGCCUUGAUUUACGUAGCAUAAAAUUUAUCAAAUCCUGUGUAUUUGUUUGAGAUGAAUGGUUAAAUGGUUGGUUCACCCAAAUAAAAAAAAAAAGAACAUAUUUGAUUUAUAGUUCCAGUUUCACCUGCCUAACACUGAGUCAAAUUAUGGUUUUUCAACCGCAAAAAUGUUUAGUUCUCGUAAUUUUGGUGAACCUGCCCUUUAAAGAGUGGAAACAUGAAGUGUUUUUUUUUUCUUUUAAAUGUAUAAGAAGUGGCAAUAAAGAUUUUCCUCUAAAACAAUCACAUUAUUUGUCCCAAUGUCUUUAGAUCAGACAGCUGUUAAAGGUAUUAAUGAAAUAAGGCCUGAAUAAACAUAUUAGUGAUUAAUUGCAA